UGGGUCCCCAUCCUGGCUCUGCUGUGCUAGCUGCUAUAUGUGAUACCUGCACAUGUGGUUUCACCCCUCUGAGGUUUAAUAUCACCUAUAAAACCUGUUAAACAAUAACUCUCUCAUAGAGUUGUUGAGGGAUUCAAAUGAUGAAAAAAAAGAAGUGAUGUGGCUGGCACCAAGAGACAGCCAAUAUAAGAAAGUCAGCCACAGUCCUUAAUUACCUCCUUCCCUCCCUUCUCCUUCUGGAGGGGUGGGGCGGAGGGCAGCGAGGAGAAAGGGUAAACUAGUGCCUGCCUGAGGUGCGCAGGUUGGAAUCCCAAGCUUAGCUGACCUAAGUAAGGAACACACCAAGGUGCAGUGCCACAGGCCGAAAGAGAUCCCACCCAGGGAGUGGCUCAGAUGCUUCCAGCACAGACGUAUGUCCCUUCAUGUGUAGGAGGUAGGGGUGGAGUUGGAUCAGGGAACUCUCACCGCAGCUUAGGAGCAGCCACUGUGCUGGUGAGGAGGGCCCGGGGAGGCUGCUGCUCGUCUACCUGCCAGCUCUUGCUCUGCGGCCCCAGCGCACACCCGCGACCAUGGGCACCUUCCAGGGCCACCUGCUGGCAGGGACAUUCUUCCUCAUCUUCUCUCUCUACUACUCAGUGAUGGUGUCCUUGGCGCUGCUACGGGGACAGAGGAGUGAACCGGCUGAUGAUAGUAGACUGGGAGGACCCCCGGCGCCCGUUCGUGUUCUACGAGAACUGGGACCACGUCACCAUGUACGGCUUCUUCCUGCUUAGCGGCGUGGUGGACAUCGCGAGCCGGGCGUGCCAGGCACGGCAGACCGCCAAGCUGGAGCAGGCGGCGGAGGCCCUGGCCUUCUGCGUGCUGGCGCUGCUGAUGGCGGCGCACCUGGAGAACAGGGGCGCCCUGGAGAUCCGCGUGCACGCGCUCUUCGUGGCGCCCGCCUUCCUGGUUGGCCUGGUGCUCGCCAUAGAGGUCUGGGUGCCCGACCAGCCCGCGCUGUGGGUGCUCAAGACCUGGAUGGGCCUGGUGCUCAGCAGCUGGAUGGUGCAGCUGUCUGUGCUGAUGUACGCGCCUCCCUCUGGGCAGCCCUGGAGAGCGGAAAACCCCGAGGACCUGGCCUUCCUCCCCAUCUUCUUCUGCUGGCACCUGGCCUUGGGGGCGGCCCUACUGGCCGCCGUCUAUGGUCUCUGCAGCCUCUGGCACCAUCGCUCCUCCUCUCGGAGAGAGGUCCCAGGCGCCAAGUACCGGCCGUGUCCCAGGGGCUACAGCAACGAAGACCUGGAGAAGCUGGGCGCCGAGGGCGUGCUGCGGGAUGAGGGCGUCUAGGCGAGCAGCGCCUGUCUCCGUGCUCUGCCUUUGGUAAGGAGAGUUUCCAGGGUGCCCACGGUGCACGCAGCACGGAGAUGUCUCAGGAUCCACGACGGGGCUUUCUGUCACAGGCGUCACCUUCCUUGUUCCUCAAUAAACCUUUCAGCUCCUGGGGUUCCUUGGAUCUGUUACUCUGUUCUCUCCAGGUCUCCCUCUCUCCUGCCUCACUGUCCAGUAAGGUUCCCGACCAGGGACUUGUGUGGACUCCUGUGAUAUGAGAACAGUAGGGCUUUACUCUGAUGGCUUUUGGGAUCCAAGAGAAGGCAAUGCAACAAGGAGAGGGAGAUGGGGGAUCACUGGGGACCCCGGGAGGGUUCUAUCAGUUUGAGGCAGAGCUGGCUUCGUCUGUGCAGCUCAAGGGUUUUAAGGUGUGAAGAGGGGGUUCCUUUUGGCACAAGGGUGAGGACUUCUGUUUUCUUCACUCCUCUCUCUGGUUUAUUUACCUUAGGCGCUGAGCAGGAUGCAGAACUUGUUUCCUCCUCGCUGUAGUUAUUUUACAUCUAAAUGGAACGAGGCUACUUCUGCCUUCUGCGGGAGCAGAGGGGGUCAGUCAAUGUAGCAGGUGCUCAAGUCUGAGAGGAGGCAAAGAGGAAGAGAGUCCCGGAGGUGGGUGGAAGAAGCAAGGAUGGUGGAGAUUAACUUUCAGUUGCUUGGGUUUUACUGUAAUAUAAAACUCCAUUGUCACAACUCUUUCACUAAACUCUAUGAUACCAGUCUA